UGGGGCUUUGCUCUGUGUUUUUCAUUUUUCCAUUUAUAGAGAUCUGUGUCAGUAUGAUCUCUCUAUAAAUCCAAACUUAUUAUUGCAAACACAACACCAUAUCGCAAAUCUAGAAAAGAUGGACAAGAACAAUUCUAAGUCAACCGUCGCUCCAAACUUCCUAUUCGUAACAUUUCCAACACAAGGUCACAUCAACCCAUCUCUCGAGCUAGCUAAACGUCUAGCCGGAACUAUCUCCGGCGCUAGAGUCACCUAUGCAGCUCCGAUCUCCGCCUACAACCGCCGUAUGUUCUCUCAAGAAAACGUUCCCGAAACCCUAACCUUCGCUACCUACUCCGAUGGCUACGACGACGGCUACAAGUCCUCGACUUCCUCCGACAAGUCUCUUAAAGACGCGACCGCAAACUUCAUGUCUGAAAUGAAAAGACUUGGCAGAGAGACACUAACUGAACUGAUCGAAGAUAACCGGAGACAGAACCGGCCUUUCACUUGCGUGGUUUACACGAUCCUUCUCACUUGGGUUGCUGAGCUAGCGCGUGAGAUUCACCUUCCUUCGGCUCUUCUUUGGGUCCAACCUGUAACAGUCUUCUCCAUUUCUUACCAUUACUUUAGCGGCUACGAAGAUGCAAUCUCAGAGAUGGGUACUGAUCCCUCUAGUUCUGUUAAAUUACCGUCUCUGCCACUGCUCUGUCUCCGUGAUCUCCCUUCUUUCAUCGUCCCUUCCGGUGCCUACGCGUUUAUCUUACCGGUGUUAAGAGAACAGAUUGAGUCACUGAAGGAAGAAGCAAACCCUAAGAUCCUCAUCAACACUUUCCAAGAGCUUGAGCCGGAAGCUAUGAGCUCUGUUCCAGAUAAUUUCAAGAUUGUCCCCAUCGGUCCGUUGAUAACUUCGACAACGGAUUCUUCGAGUCACGGUGAGUACAUAGAGUGGUUGGAUACGAUAGCGGAUUCGUCUGUGCUUUAUGUUUCGUUCGGGACGGUUGCAGUGUUGACCAAGAAACAGCUUGUGGAGCUUUGCAAGGCUUUGAUUCAGAGCCGGAGGCCGUUCUUGUGGGUGAUUACGGAUAAGUCGUACAUAAGGAAGCAAGAUGAGCAAGAGAAAGAAGAAGAUUGCAUAAGUAGUUUCAGAGAAGAGCUCGAUGAGAUAGGAAUGGUGGUUUCUUGGUGUGAUCAGUUUAGGGUUUUGAAUCACAGAUCGAUAGGUUGUUUCGUGACUCAUUGCGGAUGGAACUCGACGUUGGAGAGCUUGGUAUCAGGAGUUCCGGUGGUGGCAUUUCCUCAGGGUACUGAUCAGAUGACAAACGCGAAGCUUUUAGAAGAUAGUUGGAAGACAGGUGUGAGAGUGAUGGAGAAGAAGGACGAGGAAGGAGUUGUGGUGGUGGAGAGUGAGGAGAUACGGCGGUGCAUUGAGGAAGUAAUGGAGGAGAAAGCGGAGGAAUAUAGAGGUAACGCGGCAAGAUGGAAAGAUUUAGCGGCGGACGCUGUGAGAGAAGGUGGCUCAUCUUUUAACAAUCUCAAAGCUUUUGCCGAUGAGCAUAUGUGAUUCAGUCUCAGAGAUGUAUGUGAUUCAGUCUCAGAGAUGUACUUCUUAGUUCCAUUUCAUAAAAUGUUUUAAGUGGAUUCUUUUUUUAAAAGUUUGAAAUUUUCAUGUUUUUAUACAAUAUUUAUUGAUAAUUUAUUCUUUAGUGUCUUUCGUUGUUGGUCAAACUGUUAUUUACCACUAAGAUUAAAGCGGAUUACCAUAA